AUGCAAAAGAGACUGAAAAAUCAUUGUAUCAUUGUGGUAUCUGUUAAAAAUCAUUUUCUUUUGGAAAGUAACCUCAUGAAACACAAAUGUAUUGAGAGAAGUGAGAAACCAUAUCCCAGUGGUAUUAGUGGUAGAUUAUUCUCUAAAAGAAAUUAUGUUCUCAAUAGGCAUAAACGUACUCACACAAGAGAAAAACCAUAUCAGUGUGACAUAUGUGAGAAGCCAUAUGACUGUGGUAUCUGCAGUAAAUCAUUCUCUCAAAUUAACGACUUCACUAAUCGUAAAUGUAUUCACACAGGAGAAAGGCCAUGUAUCUGUGAUAUCCAUGGUAAAUCAUUCUCCACAACUCAUGCUUUAAGUAGACAAAGAUAUUCAUACAAAAAGAGGCCUUACCAAUGUCAUAUCUGUGGUAAAUCAUUCUCUGUAAUGAAA